AUGGCCUCCAUUGUCCCCAAGCUCGAAUCACUGGCCGUCAAUGUAACCAACCAGCUCUCGCCUGGAGAGGAGCCCUCGAGAGCGGGGGCUGUCACCCCUGGAAUCAAGCGCCUUUCCCGACCGCUAGGGGCAAUCGAUAUUCCACAUGUAACCAUCAAGUCAAUAUGCUGCAUCGGUGCCGGAUAUGUUGGGGGUCCAACAUGCGCCGUCAUCGCCCACAAGAACCCGCACAUCAAAGUCACAAUUGUUGACUUGAACGCGGCUCGUAUCGCGGCUUGGAACUCUGAUGAGCUUCCAAUCUACGAACCCGGCCUCGAUGAAGUUGUCAAGUCGACCAGAGGGAAAAACCUUUUCUUUUCGACCGAUGUCGAUGCAGGUAUCCUAGAAGCUGACCUCAUCUUUGUCUCUGUCAACACCCCCACAAAGAUCAAGGGAAUAGGCGCUGGGUUUGCAGCGGACUUGGGCUAUGUCGAGAGUGCCACGCGGAAAAUCGCCGAAGUUGCGAAAUCCGACAAGAUCGUCGUCGAAAAGAGCACCGUUCCAUGCAGAACUGCCCAGUCCAUGAGAUACAUCGUAAGCACUCCUAAUCUAUUUCUAACCCACCUAGGGUCUUUCUCGACAAACACUGACGCCCUCCCCACCCGGGGUUCCCAGCUCGAAGCAAAUGCGAAGCCAGAUAUUCACUUUGACAUCCUGUCAAACCCAGAGUUUCUUGCCGAAGGAACUGCUAUAUCAGAUCUAUUCUAUCCGGACCGUGUUUUGAUUGGAUCGUUGGAUACGGAAAGAGGCCGUUCUGCUGCUGCAUCCCUAGCGGAUGUUUAUGCAGGAUGGGUUGCCCGAGACCAAAUCAUCACCAUGAACCUCUGGUCUUCAGAGCUUUCAAAAUUGGCUGCAAAUGCCCUUCUCGCCCAACGUAUCUCAAGUAUCAACGCUCUCAGUGCUAUAUGUGAAGCAACUGGCGCAGACAUUGAUGAAGUCAGCUAUGCUUGUGGACUGGAUACUAGGAUCGGACCCAAAUUUUUGAAGGCUAGUGUGGGAUUCGGCGGGAGCUGCUUCCAAAAGGAUAUAUUGAACUUGGUCUACCUUAGCGAAAGCUUGCACCUACCGGAAGUCGCUACUUACUGGAAGCAGGUCGUCGAGAUGAACGAAUACCAGAAACGCAGGUUUACUAAUCGUGUGAUAUCUUGCCUUUUUAACACACUGACUGGAAAAAAGAUCGCCGUUUUCGGGUUUGCGUUUAAAAAGGAUACAGGCGACACUCGUGAAUCCCCCGCUAUCACACUAGUCAAUUACUUUCGAGAAGAAAAAGCAUACAUCUCGAUAUAUGAUCCGAAGGUUGAAGAGUCACAGGUCUGGAUGGAUCUUGCAGAGCCAGGCGUGGUGGACGAGACGGAAGUCAUUAAGAAGCAAGUAUCGAUUGCUGCGGACCCCUAUGAAGCUGCCGCUGGCGCAGAUGCCAUUGUAAUCUGCACCGAGUGGAACGACUUCAGGGAAACAGUUCUCGACUACGAGCGAAUAUACGCGAGUAUGAAGAAACCUGCUUUCAUUUUCGAUGGCCGGCUUAUCCUAGACGCAAAGAAGGUUUCAGAGAUCGGUUUCAAAGUGGAGACCAUUGGUCGGCCACGGACAACCUUUGUUCAAUCAAAGGAUUUCGAGUAA